AUGUUAGUCGUUGGUCUAACUGGAGGCAUUGCAGCAGGUAAAUCUACAGUGUCCACAACUUUACGGGAAAAAUAUAAGCUAACUGUCGUUGAUGCUGAUGUUAUAGCCAAGGAGGUAGUAGAUCCAGGUAGAAAAGCAUAUAAGCAGAUAGUGGAGACGUUUGGACCCGAAAUCGAAGGAUUAGUGAACCCCGAUGAUUACAGCUUGAAUAGAGCUUUACUUGGUAAAGCUGUGUUUGGAAAUAAGGAGAAAUUGGCUCAAUUGAAUAAGAUUGUACAUCCUGCGGUAAAGAAGGAGAUUAUAUGGCAAGUUCUCAAGGCAUACGUUACCUUCAAAAGCAUUGUUGUUUUGGACGUUCCAUUGUUGUAUGAGAGUGGGUUGUACCGAGUCUGUGGAUUAGUAGUAACUGUUAGUUGCGAGAGACAAGUAGCUCUUGAGCGCUUGGUUGAUAGAAACCCUGAACUUUCAAGAGAAGAUGCAGAAAAGAGAAUAAGCAGUCAAAUGUCUAACGAAGAACGGAACUAUCGGGCAGACCUUGUCAUUGAUAAUAACGGAGUCCAACUGAUCUUAAAUACCGCAAUUGACUCAAUCGUUAAAGAGAUUCGUCCACUGCCAUUCAUUACAUUUUUAGAUUUGUUCCCAUUAUUUGGUUUAUUAUCGGCCCUAUACACAGUUGCUCUUAGGAGUAUCAGAGAUAAAUACAAGGGAACUAAGCCACCUAAAAAGACUCUUUAG